GUCGCAUCUAUCUUAAGAAAUGAAAUGAAAGAACAUCUGGACAGUCAUUAUUGCCUUGCCUCCGUCAAGGCAGCAAGGCAAUUUGCUGCCUUUGGCAAAACUUUCAAAGCCAUACAAAGUGCUAAUGAGCCAACAACUCUUCCAGAUCAUGAUUUUCUUGUUGGCUUGAAACAGAAGCUUAUUCCUUCUGUUUAUCUCUUGAUUGAUCCAAAUGAUAAAAAUGACACCCUUAAAAGCGGUCAACUGUCAAUAUAUAUCUGUUCACAAUAUGAAAUAGGAACAAGUGCUAUGACGCAUAUGAGUGAUCUACAGUUAUUAGUAAAUAACAGCCAUUUCGACAAUAGGCUAAAGGUUGAUUAUAAAAUUAGACCCAUCUGGGUUCUCACUGUAGAUGAGGGUCCAGAUGAAAAUUCCUACCACUUAAAAAAUAUUUACCAAUAUUGCAACAUGUUCCAUUCCUUUGAUUUGGACUAUUUGACUGUUAGGACUCAUGCUUCAG